AUGGCAGUUAAGGAAGAUCACUUAAAAAAGUUCUCCUUUCCUCUUCAGACAGUUACAGAAAUGAACAGGCUUGACGAUGAGAUUAGAAAUAACGAAGCUUUCAAAAAUCAAUUAAUUGACUUCCUGAGUAGAGUUGGGGGAUCUUCUGGGCAAAAUGAUGCUACAAAAGUGGCAUACAAAAUUUCUGACAUGCUCUUUUCGUCAGAAAUUUUAACUCACUAUAGCUGGACCGGAAUUUCCAAACGGAAAGAAAAUCCUGAGAAGCAGUCAUUUACAGCUUUAAAGAAAGUGAUUGAAGUAUUCUUUGAAGUUUUGUCAAAAUCAGAUAACCGACAUACCAAAGAAAAAAAUGACAAAAUUAUUAGAGACGGCAUAUUGAAACAUGCAAAAAAAAGAUACGAACGAAAACGUCAACAAAUUGGGGCCAAAAAAGACUUGGUUACGGCAGACGACGAGGUACAAAAUAAGUCAAAUGAAGGGAAUAACGACAUAGAACAGACAGAAGAUAACAAUCAACCAAAUGAUAAGGAUUCCGAUUCAGAGAUCAUAAACUGA